UCAGACGUAGUAUGUAGUUAUGUUUUAAAACUUUUAUUUUUCAUCAAGGAACCUAAAUUGUAGAAUAAUGCCUUUUUGGAACUUUUUCAAACGGAAGCAUGAAACUCCUUCAUCUGAAGUGGCAGGACCAGAAGACAAGCACCUGCUGGCUCUGAAGUGCAUGCAGUCACAGCAAACCACUGAACCUGUCUACGACAUCUCAGGUUGUCAAGCCACCAUUGUACCUGAUCAGACCUUUACUUACUGCAAACUUCUUAGAAAAACUUCAUUACUACUCCAUACCAAUGCUUUAACUUCACUCAAAGAUGGUGGAUGUAUGAGUGAUCUAAUCGCACUUCAAGUUUUAGAUUUCCACAGCAACAAUAUAAGUCAGCUGCCAUCAGACAUUGGAAUUCUGAUUAAUUUAGUCAAGUUAGAUGCUGCAAAGAACCAUCUCAAGUCAUUGCCAUCAUCAUUUAGCAAUCUGAAGAGCCUCGAACACCUAAACCUUUCUGAAAACGACUUUUCUGAAGUGCCUCUGGCUAUUUGUGCCUUACCAAAGCUUUGCAAGUUGUAUAUGGAAGGAAACCUCAUUAAACGCAUCCCUGAAAAGUUUCACCAACUUCAGAGUUCCUUAGAGCAUUUCACUGUGUCCCUUGAUUGCCUCAAAGAGCCGCAUUGCAGGUUGCUCAAAGAGGCAGGACUGGAAGCCUUACUGCAGCACCUCUGUGCUGAAGCAGGAGUGGAAUACACGGGUGUUUUAAAACAACCUGAGAAAACUCAGGCGCCUCAGACGCCCCUGCCUCCUCAACCUGACGAAGACCUCACGCCAGUCAUGGCAAACUAUAUCCUGAAGAAACGCCAAGAGAUGAUUGAACAUUUGAUGAAGGAGAAAGAGAAAGAAGAGAGAAACGAGGAGGAGCUCAACUUUGUUCUUAGGAAACAAGAUGAUUUUAAGAAGAAGCUGGCUUGCGAUGUAAGUAGCUCUGUUGAAAACCAGGUUCUUGCCAAAUCCAGGAAACUCGAAGACCAGUUGUGGCGAGUCGAGCUCGAGAAAAAGAUGAAGGAGAAACAGGACGAAGAAAUAGGAGCAUAUAUAGCUCGUACUACAAGUAAGCAUGAUAAGAUCGAACAACUCACAGCGCAGGAGGAAGAGUUACACCGUGAGCUAACCAGCAUAGUUGGCGACCGCAGCAGCGAGCAGCAGCGGCUAAUUGCCGACCUGACUGCGAGCGAACAGCAAGUGGCCUCCAUCACGGAAGAGAUCAUCAGUGGCGCAGCACUAAAAAAUGCCGCAUUCGUCGCGUCUUUGGCAGCGCAAGAAGAGCAAUUGGAGGCGCUUGUGUCAUCUGCUUCAGAUGCCAAAGCUGAGGUUCGACAGAGCGAGGUGUUGAGAGCCAUGCAGGAACUUCUAUCAGAAACGGCCGCGUUAGAGUUGCGGCUGCACGGCGGCAAGACUGAUGGUUGGGUAUGUGAUCUACUUGAGUCAAGCAAGCACAACGACGUGCAUCUCAGUGACGUUUUCUCCGCACGGCAAAGCAACCUCAAGAACUGGAAUGAGAUUCUUCUUAACGACCAGGAGUGUCAGGCUGCUGCCUUCAAACUUCUGCUGCUCAACAACGACAUCAAGCGGGCCAAUAUCAUCAUGCAGAUCAAGCAGGUGGAGAAGGAGCUGGUGCGAGUGUCUGCCUUGGAGCUUCGUAAGCAGACGUUGUCGUUCGAAGGUGGGUCAAUGGAGAUGCUGGAACAGCGCCACGCUCUGGUGAAUCUGCUAAGGCGCCUCGUCUCACAAAAGAAAGAACGCGAGUCAGAGUUGCAAGACUGGGUGACCAGGAUGGAGGGCGUACUCGAAGUUGGUGGCAAGGAUGCCUCAGACUUUUGGCUGGUGCAGUACCAGCGGCUGAUGGACAUCAAGCCCCACUAUCUGGCUGAGGCUGAGGCGCAUCUGGAUGCCGACGUGGCAGAGGUGCUGCACGCGGCCAAUGCAUCGCACCUUCGACCGGUGUUUGCUCGGCACGGCGUCUCCCUGCAAGACCUCUCCAGCAUGGAUGAGGAGCGUGCCCAGGAAUUUGGCAUCUCCAGAGAGCUGCAUGAAGCCCUACAGGAGGCGCUGCAGGAGUAUCUUGCUAAACUGAAGCUCGGGGCUUCUUCUCUGCCUUCAAAGUCUGUUGAUGGAGAGACAUGCUACGAUGCACGUUCGCCCUCUGCCCCGCCCGUUCAAUACCUGCCUGACGACGAUUUGCCGUCCGCUCCCAGCUUAGAGCAUGCUUACGUGGAGCCUGAGUGCGUGGUGUGUCUAGCGCAAGCGUCAUGUGUCUUGAUGUUGCCGUGUGGGCACGUGUGUCUCUGCCACACGUGCUCUCUGCCCCUCUCUCUCUGCCCAAUCUGCAGGACGGAUAUUUCCACCAAGCUCCUCAUUGGCACCCAAGCUCUGCCGGCGAUGGAGUCAGAGCACGCGCUCUGAGAUUACCAAGGACGAGCAAUGCCGCUUUGAGAAAAAAUACUUUCGAGUUCACAGCUAAGCCUAGUUUUAGUUUUUGCAACUUUUUCAUCUUUGUCGUGCAAUAUUUAGCUCAAGUUUGUCGUUGCAAUUGUACCUGGGGGCUUGCCGGCUCUCACUGGCCUGCUGGCCGUUCUCUAAAGUUUACAUGGAUUUCUGAGUCGCUUCCAGACUUGGUUGCAGAGGAGUCGUUGUGUUGGUAUGCAAGUUAUAUGUACUAGUGGCGUAAUGCCGUCACCUUUAGUAAUGAUGGUUUCCAAGAUACCUUUAUACUUGUGCUAAUAAUGCGAGUUAAAUGCAUGCGCGUUCCGUGAGAUAAACACGCGCAUUCCGUGCGUGUUCAACACACGUGCGCUGCCUUAAAUAAUGUUCGUGGAUUAUUUGGUUUAAAAGUAUGAGGAAUUCAAAUUUAUCUGUGGUUAUGGUUCAACAUGUGUCCAUUUUUAAAUAGCACUUUCUAUUCUAAAUAUCCUACUAUAUGUAUUCAUUACUGGAAGCAAGUUCACUGUUGUGUCAUGCGUCACCAGUCGUCAAGAAGUUUCUUCGACUUGCACUUCAUGUGCGUUGUUGGUGCUCAUUAUUCCGUCGACCUUAUCCUACUUGUCAGUUGUGCACACUUAACAGUCUAGAAAGUUUAUAAGUCCAUUUUUAAGUAGUUACCGUUUUAAUGCCUUUUUUAAGCAUUCACCGUUUUAAUACCGUAUUUUAAACAGUUACUGUAAGUUAGGACUCACAGCCCCGAGCUGCAUCUCUGAUCAGCUGACAAUAUUCUGUCUUUCUGCUGACAUGAGAUCAUACAAUAACUAAAUUCUAGUUACUUUAUAGUAAUACAAGUUUGAAAUUUUGUGUGGUCUCUAGUCGACAUUUGCAGCGCAUAAAAAGAACCAUAUUGGUUUUUAGUACAAUUUACCUUCUCUAGUCAGCUCAACUAAAAAUGCUCUUGCUGAAGAAAAUUUUGUAUUAUCGAGAUUGCUAUGUUAUGCAUUAAGAAAAUUUAUCUUCACUCUCUAUAAGAGCCACGUAUUUCCUACUUCGACUGUAAGGUUCUUCAAAUGGCAUAAUGUGAUAAGAAAUACUCUUAGUGUGUUCGCUGCUACGAAGUAUUGAUUCAGGCGCCUUUCCUGGCCAGUAUCUUGUGUAAAAAGUUUUAUCUCAAGCGACCUCUUGGUUCGGCGCAAGGGUCACGCGUUCCUAGGGGCAUGCUUCUUGCCUCUCUUCGGGUCUCAGUUGUGGGACAAAGUUGUGGUGUAGGCAGAUCAGAUGUAGGGGUAAGUUGGGGUGUAGGCAGAUCAGAUGAAGGGAUAAGUUGUGGUGUAGGCAGAUCAGAUGUAGGGAUAAGUUGUUUUUUAGGCAGAUCAGAUGUAGGGAUAAGUUGUUUUUUAGGCAGAUCAGAUGUAGGGAUAAGUUGUGUAGGCAGAUCAUAUGUAUGGAUAAGUUGGGGUGUAGGCAGAUCAGAUGUAGGGAUAAGUUGGGGUGUAGGCAGAUCAGAUGUAGGGAUAAGUUGGGGUGUAGGCAGAUCAGAUGUAGUGAUAAGUUGUGGUAUAGGCAGAUCAGAUGUAGUGAUAAGUUGUGGUUUAGGCAGAUCAGAUGUAGGGAUAAGUUGUGUAGGCAGAUCAGAUGUAUGGAUAAGUUGUGGUGUAGGCAGAUCAGUUGUAGGGAAAAGUUGUUGUGUAGGCAGAUCAGACCUAGGGAUAAGUUGUGUAGGCAGAUCAGAUGUAUGGAUAAGUUGGGGUGUAGGCAGAUCAGAUGUAUGGAUAAGUUGGGGUGUAGGCAGAUCAGUUGUAGGGAAAAGUUGUUGUGUAGGCAGAUCAGAUGUAGGGAUAAGUUGUUUUUUAGGCAGAUCAGAUGUGGGAUAAGGUGUCGUGUAGGUAGGGCAGUUGUAUGAAUAAGUUUUUGUGCAGGUAAAUCACAUGUGGGGGUUCAGUUGAGUGGGCAGAUAAGAUGUUGGGAUGAGAUUCGUUCGCAGAUAUGAUGUCGGGAGAAGUUGUUAUGCUUGCUGAUGAAUUGCGCCUCUCAUCUCACUCUCUCGUGCGAUGCCUCUUGCAAGCGACAUCCUGUACGUUUCAGUUUCUGUUCAGUUUCAACUUCGUUUCAUUUGGUGUUUACCUGUCCUUCCUUCGUCUUCAUGAGGUGGUAACUCGCUCAUGGCUCUAGCCCGCUUUUUGCCACUUGGCGCCUACGCCCUUUGUUUGGGUAUCAAUAAUCAUAAUUUUCAUGAUGUUUCUUUACCUCCCACCUUGCGGGCGACUUCAAUUUUGUGACUACUGACGCCAAAUCGAUACAUCAACUAUACGGCAAGUUUUGUGUCCUCUACUAUAUCAACAACAGUAUUAACCUUUUUAAUACUACCACUGCGUUAGCUAAUACUGACACUACGUUUAAUAUUACCAUUUCACUGCCGGCACUGUUUACAUGACACUGUCCUACAUGGGGUACAAUUGAAGUGCAGCUGAAGUUCUGCAUUUGUCUCAGGAUGAGUAUAUGAUGCUAGCAAUGCAGCAGCCAGUCUGAUGCACCGCCUCCAAAUCCUCCCAAGCCUUAAAUUGAUAUCGAGCUCACGCGUGCAAGCUAAUGGCAUGACGUCUUCGUUUGCUUUUGUUUGCAGCCGAGAACCCACGGCAAAUAUAUAUCAAAUCAUCGCUAAGUUCCUUCUGUAUUCAUUUCAAGUGUUCCGAAAUUGUGGUGAGCUUACCACCAGUGUCAUGGGUUCGCAAUGUUACGCAAGAACUUAAGAAACACACGAUUCCAAGUUUUUUUCGUCAUGAAGAAGUUCACUACCCUAAACGGUGAAUACCGGCAUAAACGUAGUACUGAUGGUACGUGACAACUUUACACGACCUCCUAGGGGAGACGGCUACUUAAAGUAAGCACUAAUUUAUUACAUAUUGUGUAUUUAACAGUUCUGUCGUUCAGUAUUUAUAUCACGAGCAGGGAGAUCCCAUAUGGAUCACCAAUCCUGCCUUGAAGUUGAACAAUACGCGUAAACUUGGUGCCAGUAAACCAGAUGUAUCAGCACUUGUCACAUGAUCUUAUAAUAAACCAUCGGAUACAUUAAAGGACAUGGGAAUAUAAGCUUAUGUGUUGCGUAUCGCAUUUUGCAUGAAUAUUAUAUAUGUUUUCCCUGGA